AUGGAGAGAGCAACAGCGGAGCCACACUUCGUGCUCGUUCCGUGGCAAGGAGGCAUCAGCCACAUCAUCCCUAUGACCGACAUCGGCCACCUCCGGGCCUCCCACGGCGCGGCGGUGACCAUCAUCCGGUCCCGCGUGGAAGACCUCGCAACAACAAAGCUACUACCUCUACCUCCGGGCGCCGGCCCGGCGGGGACGACGAUCACGGUCACCGCGAUCCCGUUCCCAGCGGCGGAGGCCGGCGGCCUGCCCGAGGGCUGCGAGAGGCUGGACCUCCUCCGGUCUCCCGCUGACGUGCCGCGCUUCUUCGCCGCCACCAGCCACUUCGGCGAGGCGGUGGCGCGCUACUGCCGCGGCAGCGAGGCCAUGCUGCGCCGCCGACGACCGAGCUGCGUCGUCGCCCCGAUGUGCCACUCGUGGACGCUCGGCUUGGCGCGCGGGCUCGGCGUGGCGUGCUACAUCUUCCACGGGUUCGGCGCGUUCGCUCUGGUCUGCAUCGAGUACCUCUACAAGCACAGGCCACAGGAGGCGGUUUCGUCAGCGGACGAGCUCGUCGACAUCCCAGUCCUGCCGGCGUUCGAGUGCAGGUUUCUCAACGAGAGGCUCAUCGUGGACGUGCUUGGUGUUGGGGUAUCCGUAGGCGUGACAAAGCCAACAGAAAAUGUCCUCAGUGCUGGUAAGCUCAACCGCAGCAUAGCGGAUGUCAAGGCGGAGGGCGACGUAGGGGAGAAGAGAAGGAGGAAGGCUCAGGAGCUAAAGGCCAAGGCAAAUGGAGCAUUAGAGAAGGGUGUCGUCCUACAUGAAUUUGGAGAAGCUAAUCCAAUCUUUGGUUUCAUGAUUGAUUAG